CCUCUGCUCCUCAUUUCAUCUCAACUUGGAUCUAGCAGCACAUUCAUUUUUUAAUGACACUCACUGCACGCGCUCCCCGCUCCCCUCUUCACCACCUGUUAGCCCCGCAUCUCCUCCUCGCGCUGGAUUUCAAUAUUUUCACCUGGUUUUUAUGAGGAGUUUCACGCUUGUUCUUAGCCCUAUGACCGUGCGGAAGGGAAACCGUUUGGGCAUCUCCAUCCAGGAGCACAUGGCCAUCAACGUCUGCCCGGGCCCCAUACGCCCCAUCCGUCAGAUCUCUGCCUACUUCCCCCGCCUCUCACCAACUUCCUCCGUCUCGGAGCCGCUCUCGCCCAACCAGCUGACGGCGCCGGCUCCGCUGAGCCCCGGUGGAGGAGGAGCAGCGGGAGGAGGAGACGGAGAAGGAGGAGGCGGGGCGGGCAGAUGCCUUUUGUCUCCGCUGCUACCGGGAGCCGCAGGAGGAGGAGGGUCGCUGUCGGCCAUGAGCAGCAUGGACACCUCCAUCGAGAUCGACAGCUGCGACAGCGACGACAACACCUCCCUGGGGACGUUAGAGUUUGACCUUCUGUACGAGAAAGCCACCAGCUCCUUACACUGCACAGUCCUCAGAGCAAAGGGUUUGAAGCCGAUGGAUUUCAACGGUUUGGCCGAUCCCUACGUCAAGCUGCACCUGCUGCCGGGAGCCUGCAAGGCGAACAAACUGAAAACGAAGAUUGUUCGAAACACACUCAACCCCGUGUGGAACGAGACGCUCACCUACUGCGGCAUCACCGAGGAAGACAUGUACCGCAAAACUCUCAGGGUGUCCGUUUGUGACGAAGACAAGCUGACACAUAACGAGUUCAUCGGGGAGUCGAGGGUGGCCCUGCGCCGUGUGAAGCCUGACCAGACCAAACACUUCAACAUCUGUCUGGAGCAUCCGCCUCCUCUGCCCUCGCCGACGGCGAUGAGCACGGCCCUGAGAGGAAUCUCCUGCUACCUCAGAGAGUGGGAGAUGGAGCAGCAGAGAAGUCUGGAGGAAAGGGGCCGUUUGCUGCUUUGCCUCCAGUUCCUGCCCCCAAACGGUGACGGCGACUUGAAGGGCGAGGCCAAGGAGAGAGCUCGGGGUGGGCUCUGCGUGGGCGUCAAGCGCUGCGCCCACCUGGCAGCCAUGGACGUCAACGGCUUCUCCGACCCCUACGUCAAAACGUACCUGAAGCCAGAUGUUCAGAAGAAAUCCAAACACAAAACAGCCGUCAUAAAAAAAACUCUCAACCCAGAGUUUAACGAGGAGUUCUUCUAUGAAAUUUCCUUCACGGAGUUAGCUUCUAAGACACUGGAGGUCACAGUUUGGGACUACGACCUGGGAAAGUCCAAUGACUUCAUAGGUGGCGUUUCCUUCGGCUGCCAGUCGCAGGGCGACGCUCUGCAGCACUGGAUCGACUGUCUGAAGAACAAGGGCCAGAAGGUGGAGCGCUGGCACACCCUGACCAACGAGCUGCCCGGCUCCACGGUGCAGGAAUGAAACCGGGACAAUUCGCCGCACGCUCUGAGCACUUCCUGCAUGACUGCAAUGGAUUCAUUUCUCGCUGACUUUCUACCAGGACUGAAAGAAGCAGUAAUCUAAUGUUUGGGCUAGAUGGAUGUAAUUUAAAGGUGACCUAUUAUGCUUCCUUCAUCAGGUGAGGAUAAGUCUGUGGUCUACACAAAACAUGUUCAUCACAUUUUUUGCACAAAAUAAUGAGAUUUUUAAUGAUUUCAGAAUGAGUUGUUUCAGGGCCUCUGGUCACUUUAAAUCCAUCCCCCCACUUAGCGUUUACACUCGCAAGUGGAAAUGGCUGCAAACAGACGCACAAUUACACAACCGUAUCUUUGAAAAGCACUAGUAGAGCCUCCUCCACAACCAACAAGAAUGAUAAGUCUCGAUGGUAAGUCAACAACAAAACACUUGCCUUUUCCAGCUGCCAUUAUAAAGCAGUAAAACCAGCGGGAGCUUUGCUUUGGUUGCUAGGUGACAGGUUGCUAGGUGACAGGCGGAGUUC